AUGUUUCUUUGCCCUUCGCUCAUCUUUCUCUUCCUUUUCUUUUUCAUCGUUCUUCUUUUACUUUAUCUUUCUUCACCCACUCUUCUUCUCCUCUUCUCUUCCCUUGUCAUUUCCUUCUCUCCUCCUCUUCGACUAUUCAUUCUUUUUUUCUCGUUUUCCUCAUCCAUUUUUUCUCCUUUCUUCCUUUUCUCUCGUUUCUUCUUCUUCUUCUUCUUCAAACUUCAUUUUUCUUCUCCCUUUUUUCGAUUCCAUUCUCGUCAUGCCUCUCGCUAUUUCUCUUUCCAUUUCUCUUUUUUCUGUUUUUCUUCUUCCUUUCUUUUUCUUUUAACCAUUUUUCUUUCGUUUCUCUUUCUUUUACUUCUUCCUCUUUCAUUAUUCUUCUUCUCCUGCUCCCUUCCUCAUUUCUUCUUUCCUCCUUCCCUCCUUCUCUUCCUUAAUCGGUUCUCUCUCCCUUACUCUUACUCUCCUUUCCCCCUCUUUCUCUGUUCUUCUUGUCUGGCAUCUUUUCUCUCGUCUCCGUUCUUCUCCCUCAUAUGUCACCUCCCUUCCUCUAGUGUUGUUCUCCCUUCCCCACUUUUUCUCUUCUUUCCAGCUCUUACUCUCCUCUUCUUCAUCCUCAUGCCCCGCUCCUUCUUCCAAUUCCUUUGUUCUCCUCCUACUACCUUCUACUCUCACAUUUCCUCCCCUUCCUCUUUUUUUACUCUUUCUUCAAUUUACCUUCCGUUGCAUUAG